AUGUACCAUCCACUCUUUUCUCUGGCUGCGGCCUUGACUGUUUCUUCCAUCAUCAAAACCACUUCUGCCGGUGUUGCCGGUUUGAUAAACCCACGUUAUUUGGACGAAAGACAGCUGUGCAGGGGCGACUCGUACAAUGAUGUCUUCAAUAGUGUUGGCAUGGGCCGCGCGGGCGAAGGUGCUCAAAACGACAUAGAAGAGUUCUGCCAUUCUUGGAUUCCAUUCCGCACUGUGACAUCAUACUAUGUUACAAUCACUCCCACAACUACAUGUUUCCCUGCAACUGUGACUGUCAAUCGUACCACUGAGAUUGUUUACUCACCUACUUCUACAGUCACCGUGACCGCCUCUCAAACUGAGUUCGCAAUCGAAAGGCGAAGUCAUGUGAGGAAGAAGGAUGCAGUUGAAGGGAGAGCUGUAGCAGCUGCGAUCACCCCAAGGGCAGAACUGCCAAAAAGGAUGAUACAGUAUGCACGUCAAGUGAUUUCCACCGCUGCAAGAUCUCUUGAUGUCGAAGGCCUUAGGGCUGAUCUGUCGAGUGCUUGCUCGUGCUUGUUCCUCCCAGCACCAACUACCAAUUUGCCAUCCACGGCGCCAGAAGUGACUCGUACAAUUGGAGCUACUAAUUAUGCUACCGCAACCCUCAAUACCACCGUCGCUGGUGGUAUAACGACGAUUACGGAGACUUUAAAUGUCACUUCAUUGGUCAGGCCCACAGGAGCUGCAAGCCAACUUUCUGGGACAGUGCCUCUGCCCAGCAGCAACAGCACCAUAAGCGGACCUGGCAAUGGCAUAGAUGUUCGUCCCACCUUCAACACGCGUUCACGACCUACAAGCAGUUAUGGCAAUGGCAUAGAUGUCCUUCCCACCUUCAACACGCGUCCACGACCUACAGGCGGCUAUGGCGGUUAUGACACAGCAUACAAUGGCACAGGGAAAAACUAUGGAACAGGAUACAGCCAUGGCACAGGGACUGGCAGCUUGCCGCAGCCAACCGAAAACUCGGUUUGCACUACUUGCACUGCAGGAAUUAGAAAUGUCACUGUGACUGUCACUGCCUUAGCUACAUCGACCGUACUUAGCACUACUACUGACAUCAUCUCCGACAUUAUCUUCAAGAACACAACCAUAACUGUAACAGCAGCUGAGGCCACCGUCACCUUGCCGGGAUUUACCAUUACCGAAGAUGAGACCACAGUCACUGAGACUGGCGUGGAAGAAGUUCCCACGGUCACAGAGCCAGGCGUGACCGGGACAGAGACUGUCACUGAGUCUGAAGAGACUGCUACCGUUACCAUCAGUGUCGCAACCACAGGGGCACGCGCUGCUGUUUCUGCGUAUAGAGCUGGUCGCUUCUAG